AUGACGGGAAAGUUUAUGUGGUUUGAAGGGAUACCCUUCCCAAGUGUGGAUUACUCACCUGAACUCCUGAGAGAGGUGCAGGAGAGUUUCCUUGUUAAAGAUGAAGAUGUCUUACUGCUGACUUUCCCCAAAUCAGGAACAAACUGGUUGAUUGAAACUGUCUGCUUGAUUUACUCCAAGGGGGAUCCCAAGUGGGUCCAAUCUGAGCCCAUUUGGGACCGCUCCCCCUGGGUAGAGACUAAGCCUGGGUAUGAAUUACUAAAGGAGAAGGAAGGCCCACGUCUCAUCAGUUCUCACCUGCCCAUCCAACUCUUCCCCAAGUCUUUCUUCAAAUCCAAGGCCAAGAUGAUCUACCUCGUCCGAAAUCCCAGAGAUGUUUUUGUGUCUGGUUAUUUUUUCUGGAGGAGCGCAAAAUUUGUUAAGAGACCACAGUCACUGGAACAAUACUUUGAAUGGUUCAUCCAAGGAAACAUGCCAUUUGGAUCAUGGUUCGACCACACUCGGGGCUGGAUGUCCAUGAGAGACAAGGAGAACUUCCUGGUACUGAGCUAUGAAGAGAUGAAAUGGGACACGAGGAACACUGUAGAGAAGAUCUGCCAAUUCCUGGGCAAGAAACUAGAACCAGAAGAACUGAACUCAGUCCUCAAAAACAGUUCUUUCCAAGUCAUGAAAGAAAACAAUAUGUCCAAUUUUUCCCUCCUGAAGGGUCAGUAUUUAGAGGAAAAUGGACUUCUUUUGAGGAAAGGGACGACUGGGGACUGGAAAAACUACUUCACGGUGGCCCAAGCUGAAACCUUUGAUAAACUAUUCCAGGAGAAGAUGGCAGACCUUCCUCAAGAGCUGUUCCCGUGGGAAUAA